CUCCUCUCCUUCGCAACUCAGUAAAAAAAACAGUGUUUCUUCCCCCAUCUAGUUUGUUUUUUUAACUGAAGUAUCUCGCUCUCUUUCUCAAAAAUUUGCCCCCCCUUCUUGUUGUGCUUCCAAAUCCUGUAAUCUACUGCAUCAAUAUAAUGUCUUCAAAUGCUGAUCAUUUAGAAAACGGAGCUCCCAAACCCGAAGCCGAGUCCGAGCAAGCACCACCUGCCACCGAUCCAGAUCCCGAUUCAAACGACAUCGGAAUCCAGCAUACAGAUAUACAAUCACCAGAUGCGGAAGAAGAUUCCAAAAUCGACGACGUAGUUGAAUCCGAAAAAGUACAAUCAGUCCAUGCGGAGGUAUCGAAUUCUGCGGCAGAAGAAAUUUCGAUCCAGCCAAAUGAAUCUGAGGAGAAGGAGGUAAAAAGGAAUUAUGUGGGGAGUGAAUCGAAACUGAAACGAGAGGAAGGGAAUCGGACUUUUACCAUGCGAGAAUUGUUGAAUGAAUUGAAAAACGGUGAUGCCAUUGAGGAGGUUGAUACUCCUCAAAGUCAAACAAGCACACAACAGCAAAACCAGAAUGAUGCUGCUAUGGAGUUGAUUGAUAGCGUCACAGGUGUUGAUGAGGAGGGUAGGUCUCGACAACGGAUUCUUACAUUUGCUGCAAGGAGAUAUGCUAGUGCAAUAGAGAGAAAUCCAGGUGAUUAUGAUGCACUGUACAAUUGGGCACUGGUUCUUCAGGAAAGUGCAGAUAAUGUAAAUCCUGAAUCUGGUUCUCCUUCCAAGGAUGCUUUGCUCGAAGAGGCUUGUAAAAAGUAUGAUGAGGCGACCCGUCUUUGCCCUACACUUAAUGAUGCAUAUUAUAAUUGGGCUAUAGCAAUCUCUGAUCGGGCGAAAAUGCGAGGUCGUACCAAGGAAGCUGAGGAACUUUGGAAGCAGGCUACAAAGAAUUAUGAAAAGGCAGUUCAACUCAAUUGGAACAGUCCUCAGGCACUUAACAACUGGGGGCUUGCUCUGCAGGAACUCAGUGCAAUUGUCCCUGCUCGUGAAAAACAGACCAUUGUAAAAACUGCAAUCAGCAAGGUAUAGAAACCAUUUGAUUUAGCAUUUGAUUUAAUACAGAUCUGUCUUAUCUUGUGUGCCUUGCAGUAUGGAUUAGCAGAGGACAUGGCAAGAACUGGAGGAUCCAUGAAUGCAAAGGAGGUCUCACCCGAUGAGUUAUACAGCCAAUCUGCUAUCUACAUUGCAGCUGCACAUGCGCUGAAACCAAAUUACUCAGUUUACACUAGUGCAUUGAAGCUUGUGCGAUCUAUGCUGCCUCUGCCCUAUCUAAAGGUUGGAUAUCUGACUGCACCACCUGCGGGAAAUCCAGUUGCACCUCAUGGUGAUUGGAAACAUUCUCAGUUUGUGCUAAAUCACGAAUGUCUUCGACAGAUGAACGAAGUCGAGCAAAGACAGCUUUCGCAGAACCUUUCUUCAAAAUCACUAGAUACGCAGAUGAACAAGUCAGCAAUUAAAGUUGAUAUUCCAGAUAUUGUCUCCGUAUCAGCUUGUGCUGAUCUUACUUUACCACCUGGUGCAGGCCUCUGCAUCGACACUAUUCAAGGACCUGUAUUCUUGAUUGCCGAGUCAUGGGAAUCUUUGGAUGGAUGGUUUGAUGCGAUUCGGUUAGUUUACACAAUUUUUGCUCGUGGUAAGACUGAUGUUUUGGCUGGUAUAAUAACUGGAUAAUUUUGUACCUGUAAAUUGUCAUUGGACAUUUUCUUGGCAGUGGCCUUCUAGUUUUUAUGAACUCUGAAAGAUUAUUGUUCAUGUAAGACUUGUAUAUUAUUUGAUUGUUGGUAAGAAUGAGAUUAAUAGAGAUUUCUUCCUUCAUGGCUA